GGAGUCGCAAGCUUUUCUCUCAGACAUGAACUGGGACAAUCAGCUGAGCUCUAUCCUGUCAGUAGCAGAUGGCAGCGUUGCAAAGAUGAGGGAGAGGCUGACUUCACCGGGGAAGUUCACCAAAGGAGGCCAAGAUUUGUUUCCAGUGAAGGAGAGGACUCAUGAUUCAGAUUUGGUCCCUCCUGCUCUUCCUCCUCGAUCCCCCCUUCUCCGAAAGCCUUCCGCAGCUCUCAGUCCUGCUGUUCAGUGGGCAGACGUAGCUGCUAUCCAAUCACAGCUCCAGAUACAGAGCCAGGCGAUUGAGUCUCUCACACAGAGACUCCAUGACUUGGAAAGGGAGAGACAGACUCAGCAAUGUCACAUCCAGACACUACAAGAGGAGGUUCAAAGGCUGCGUGAGGAGCUGAGGGAGAGGGAGAGGGCCGAAUCGAGGAGGGGACAAAGUCCAGGAGCAGAGAGACGGAUGGAGCAGUGGAGGAGAGAGGUUGGACGUGAGCUGAGCAGUCUGCGGGGACACAUCACCAGAGCCACGUCGCUAGGCAACCUGGAGGAGAGUUUCAGCUCAAAACUUCGCCGAGAAGAGCUGGAACACCUGCGGAGAGAGGUGGACCAACUGAAAGCACAACUAAGGAGACAAGGGGAGGACAUGUUCCUUCAGCAGGCAGAAACCAGAGAGACCAGAAGACAGUACGAACAAAGCUGCAAGACGCUAGAGGAGCUGACAGACAGCUACAGAGUUCACAGCACUGAUCUGGCAAAGACGGUCUCUCAGUAUUCUCACACACAACAAGAGGUCCACCAGAUCAGAACAGCUGUGUCAGAACUGAAGGAGGAGGUCAGGAGACUUUUCCUCCGAGAACGCCAACCAACACCUUUGCUGUCAGCGCACACAUCAGGGGCAUCACCGCUCCCACUCCCUGGCAGCCACAGAAGAGGGGUCAAUGUUGAUGAGGCAGAGUCUGACUCUGAAGACUUCAGCCCGACCCCGAGCCUGGCUGAGGUCAGCUCAGAUGACCUGUCAUGGCUGGAUGACAAAGACUCUGCUCUUCAUCAGAAGCCGCGAGUGCGUCUGAGCGUUCAGUCCAGACGGAGCGACUUUGCUGGUCCGGGAUCGGAUCUGGAGGACGAUGAUGACAAUGACGAUGAUGGUGAUGAUCUCCUUGGUGAAGAUGUGAACCCAGAUUUAGGAUCUGACCUCAGUCUCAAUGAUCUCUGACCUUUUAUAAGGUGACUGUUGUGUCAUUUGACUAAAAAAGGAGUCAGCAACAUAAAGACAUUUGUCCCAGCUUCUCCAGUACACUACCUGAAAUGUGUUAUUAAUUUUAUCUGAUCAGUCCAGUUUAGAGUUACAGUCCUCUUCUGAAAACUGAAACUUUAAAAAUAGAAAAAGGCUAACACAAACAGCCAUAUGGCAUAUUUCCUUUGUGGUCUCAAGGGAAGUGAAAAGGGAGAGGAAACAAAGGAUGGCAAACAGAAGACUUGGCAUGGCAACAGAUGCACAUGCAUUUAACAAGUAAUUAAGUCAUCCUGCUUAGUGUUGCUUAACGGGCCUGCUUAGAUAUAUGUGAUGCAAAGUUCAUACUACUGGGGAAACUUUCAGAGGGGAUUUCUCAAAGGCUAUUUUUAAACAUGUCUUUGUGAGAGAACCAGAAGAGUUAGUGACAGAUUGCACAGUGUCAGACUUACAAGUUAAUCACCACUUUUUUCUUUUCAGAUUGAUUUUUCCCUGCUCGUCUGAUUAUCCUUUUAAACUGUCUGAUUCCAAGUGACACACCCAAACUCCUGCUAACAAACUGUGUUGAAACAAACCACCAAAAGAUUGAGCAUUGUUUGUCGUCAGGCUGGUUAGUGAUACCUGCUGGAGGCUGAGGACUGUGAUAGCUGCAUAUCCUCUUUAAAUAAUCUGUAACUGUCUCCACAUGCACAGACUGGUUUGAUGCUGGGAACAAACUGGGGAGACAGGCAGCUGUUUGAGCAGGAUUCUUUGUGAGAGCUUCACAUUCAGAGUCUGUUUUCUGCACAUUGCUGUCUGCACAGAACAGUUUUGUAAGCUUUAUUUCUCACUGUGAGCUUUACUGGUUGAACCUCUGGCCACGAAAUUUGGAAAUCAGUUGCUUUUGCCACACCCUCUGUACCCAUGUUGCGAAUCACUGACACUAAAUUAUGGGUCCUGCCAGAGUGAAGGACAGAAGCGCUGUGAUUGGUCCAUUAAACCACAAGGUUUGGUUUCAGGCAGAAGAGUUUAAAAUAGUUAUGUGUAGGGUUGUUAUGAUGACAGAUGGUUGGGGUUAGGUAAAGUUUUGGUGUAGUUUAAAUGUGCAGGACCUUCAUCUCUGCCCGUAACGACAGUGAGAUCCAUAAGAACACCACUCUGCUUUUUAUUAGCAAAGUCAGAGCCCACAGUGUGCUUAUAUUGCCUUAAAGGAACAGUUCACACCUAAAUCAAAAAUACAUAUUUUUCCUCUACUUGUAGUGCUGUUUAUCAGCCUAGAUUGUUUUGGUGUGAGUGCAGAGUUUUGGAGAUACUGACCAUAGAGAUGUCUUCCCUCUCUCCAGUGUAUUGGACUACAUGACACUCAGCUUGUGGUGCUUAAAGCGUCAAAAAAUACAUUUCUGAUCUCUUUCCAGAAAUCAUGACACGCUUACUUGAGACAAUCCCCAGACCUUGUUGUGAGCAGUUUCAUGCAGGAAACUACUUUGUUUCUACCAAACUACACCUGCCAAAUGUAUCACUGCGCAGAAGGAAGCAUACAUUUACUGUUAGCUUACCCAGCACCACUGAGCUAGCUAAAGUUACAGCUCAGCUGAGGAGGAGGCCAUUAAUGAUUAUCAUGUUGUCACAAAUGUGAGUCCCUCGUACAUGAGUAGAUGCACAUGGCAACUCACAGUAGGGAUGUCACUAGAACCAAUACUUUGGUACCAAGGCAGUGCCAUUUUAAGUAAGUGCUGGCACUCAUUUCUCUCCACUGUCGAAGGUACAGUGGAUGCAGUUCUUUCAGACCUGACAGGCAGCAUAUUUGCCUACAAGUGUUAUAGUCUGUUGUUAAAUGCCAAAGGAAGUAGCUGACCAGACGAAGCUGCAGCCACAGCUCCGACUUAACUCAUCAAAAAGUUGUUUUUUCUGCAUAGUUUUUAUAUUAUUCUGUUUUUAAUUCUUCUGCACUGAGCGCUGCAUGUUUGGUGUUUUUUCUGAUCACCAAGAGUUGAAAAUCCAAACCCAUCAGAGUGGAGUAUUAGUCUAUCAAAAUCACAAACCCACAUAGACUAGUACUUUGCCUUCAAAGCAGAUCCUCAGUGGUAAAUAAUAACAUUUAAAUUCAGUUUGUAUGGGUUUUUAAGUUAUGUUUAAGUUAGGCCUGUCAAAGUUAACACGUUAAUAACGAGUUAACCCAAAGUCCUUUUAACGCUGCUAAUUUUAUUAAUGCAUGAUUAACACAUGUACGUUCUGUAAUUAUAAUUAACCCUUGGCCCACCCUGUAGUUUGGGAACUCAGGAAGCAUUGCAGCAGUAACACUGUGGAUGGCGAGCAGGAACAAACCUCCAUGAGCAGAAAUAGAUAAAGAAAGGGGUCAUUUAAAUGGCAAGUUCAGCUCAGAGUAGUGCCAGAUGGUUCCCUCUGAAGUUAGACUAAAGCUAUUUACAUUAACUGUCAAUAUGAGUUCAGUUACCACCAGAGUAUGUCGAGCUGCUUUAAAAAACGGGGGAUAUUUGGUUGAUCUUUACAUUGUGUUAGUAUGACUUAAGAAACAUUCAGUCAAUAUGUCCAUCUGUUGCUGCUUGAUGGUUGAUGAGUUUGCCAUGGUAUGCUUUCAACAUAUGAGCAUGCUGUGCCUCUGAGGUUAUUCUGGAGAAUAUUCUGGACAGUAUUUGUCAUUGUUAUGGAUUGUUGUGAUAGUGCUAAAUAUACUGUUGCAUAAAGCAAGUAUAUUUGUUCACUCCCAUGUUGAAAAGGGUAUUAAAAACUUGAAAAAUGUCACUUUAAGAUACAUUUAGAACAGAUAAAACAAGUUUAAUUAAUUGGCGAUUAAGUGCAAUUAAAUAUUUUAUCAAUUGACAACCCUAGUUCAAGUACAUGUGGGUUUUUUAAUUUUUUUUCUUGGGUAUGGAAUUGUGGAAUUGCACGGGUAUUGGUAUCUACUAAAUUCUUGAUAUGGUGACAUGUCUUCAGGCUAGAUCACAUUACACGAUUUCACCCCGAUUUUAUGUCGCAGAGACUGUCGUAAUCUUUUGAGCGUUCAUACCUGGCGACGUGUUUCUGUCAGCAGGAGUCUAGCCAACUGCGUUACGACCUGUGUGUGCACACCACAAGAUUUCUCCACCGAGCCCUCGCCGACAGAGCCCCAGAUAACGCGGUGACGUCACCAAACUACGUUUUUUAACUUGGUGACGACACAUCGUAAUGGCAUGGAUAUUCUUCCCAGUGUUGAAUCAGAUCUGCCUCCAGGGCCUGGGUCCCUGUCACAUCAUUUUCUGAUGUUGCCUGGAAGUGAAUUAUUUCUCGCUUUAAACAUGAUUAUUGCCGUUUUAAGUUUGACCAAAUCAAAAAAUUUGUUGUUGGUGUGUUCCCUGUACCCCACACUGAGUACUGUCUUUUAAAGCAUGUAUAAUGGUUGUAAGUUGCUUUUGUAAGUGUUGCACCAAACGUCCCCACAGUAAGUCAAAUAAGGUGGUACAAGCGAUGAAUCCAGAAUGUGCAGUGAUUUAUGGUCCAGUACGUGUUUUGUUUUCCCAGACCUGCGAUGCUCUUUGCCAGCGUUGUUCUUACAUAAUUGAUCUGAGGUUUCCAGCAGAUUUUGUCGUCUGAAAGCACACUCAAAAUUUAGUUUCAAAGACUCUUUAAACAUUAUCAAAUGUGAUCUGUACUUCUGUGUCUGUACUGUGGUUUCCAAACAAAAUACGUUUAGUUUUGUUUAAAUUUAAAGACACUUUAUUUAAGGUAAACCAUAGUUUCAAUUUACUCAUUUCUGUCAUGACUUAAACUGUAUGAAUUUGCACUAUGACGAGCUUUGAUCACUUGAUGUGCAGUAAUACAUCAACUGUAAAGAGUCACAGUAAGUUUUAAAGUUGUGCUGAUCAUGUAUUAUGUAAGCUACACUCUUCAGUGGAGCACAGUAAUGGAUAUUUAAUGGGGUUUCCUUCCUUCCUGACAUAAUGCACUCUUCAGUCCAGGAGAAAUCUGAUGAGGGAUGAGUUUUUUUUUUUAUUCCUGGUAAUGCAGCUGAAGUGAAGACAAAGAGGAAUCAAAAAUCCAUUAACAAGACACCAACCUCCUCUGCAGCGUCUUUAUAUACACACACAGCUCCGUUAAGACCGUAAAGAGUCUCUUUAUGCUGUCAUGUCUAACAUGAGUCGCUGCGUCAGGCUUGCUGUCAAGCUGUUCAAUAUUUCAGCAUCCAGACACCCCCCAUGGAGGAUCCCAGACCACAGUGCAGAGCCUCCAAGGAGCUGAUGGGCAGGUUAGGUGUUGGGUGGGUCUGACUACAGACUCUAUCCAGUUCAUCUAACAAGAUACAUUGUCUCGCUAGUCAACAGCGAGCAAUAAACGAGCUUGUAGAAAACCGUAAAUGGUACAGAGCAGUACGGAGCAGGAUUUAAACAAACCUUUUCUACCAUGCUGUCUUUGUAUAGCUGUUAAUAUUGUGGUUGAAGAGACAUUUAAUGAAGAAAAGGCUCAUUUAUUUGGUAUUGUGGCUGGAUAAUGGCCGAUGAAUCAGACCCUUCUACUGCAGUUUUAUUGCAUUUGCCAAGUAUUGUGCAGUGGCGCUGCAGUAAAGCAGUGCACUGAUUCAUUCGCUGAAGGCCUGUAAGGAAAUGUUUCGUGUUUUGUCUCCAACAAUAAAAGUCUGUGUAAAAGUUGAAA